CUGAUGCAAACUUUUGCACAAGCUGUACGUAAUAUCUACAUACAUAUCGUAUGUAUGUGUAUGCAUACCACAAAUACCGCGAUUUCUUUAUUUUUUAGGAAUCGUCGAAAUCGAACUGCUAUGAAGUUAGCUUGAGUUCCUAGAAACGUAUGUAGCUAACUAGCGCAUGAUCUAGUAAAAAAGCAACCUUGUCCGAUGAAUUCGCCUGCUGAUUGGCUGCGAGAUAGAGAAUUUCUCGAAAACUCUCUUUCCUGCAGCCAAUCAAAUUAUAGACUGCGCACAUUUGAAUGCGCAGAAGCAUGAAAUCUUGGUAACACUGAGCUCCGUUGCCAUCCGUUAUCGCCGAUUAUUACUAUACUAAAUGACGUUUUCCCGACGUCGUGAGUCGUCCCACAACAUUUUGUAAAAUUUUUGAAUUUUGUAAUCUGUUGUAAACUGUAAAUAAAUAUAUUCUCUCUACAUUUCUAGAUUAAAUAGAUAAUACAAACGUAGUCAUGACAGAAGCAUGGAGAUUGGAUCAUCGUGCGAGAAAGAGGAUCAAAGAGGUGAAAAAGAAGGCUCGACCAGAGCUUGCUGAUAAAGCUGCGUGGAUCCAGCAUGGCUAUUGUAAAAUUUUUCAAAAAUUCUGGGAAUUUCAAGACAAUGCUGAACGAAUUGAUGAAUCCAGUGUGGCUACGGAAGAAUUCGUAGAAAAAUAUGAAAAACCUUACAAGCCUGUGAUAAUACGAGGUGUUCAAAAUGGCUGGAGAGCCCAACACAAAUGGACUAUAGAGAGAUUAGCAAAAAAAUAUCGAAAUCAAAAGUUUAAAUGUGGAGAAGACAAUGAGGGAUAUAGUGUAAAAAUGAAGAUGAAAUAUUACGUUCGAUAUAUAUUUAAUAAUGAAGAUGAUUCUCCUCUAUACAUUUUUGAUAGUUCGUUUGGUGAACAUCCAAGACGAAAAAAAUUGUUGGAAGAUUAUGUAAUUCCUAAAUAUUUUCGGGAUGAUCUUUUUCAUCAUGCCGGCGAACAUCGAAGACCACCAUAUCGUUGGUUUGUUAUGGGGCCUGCAAGAUCUGGCACAGGAAUACAUAUAGAUCCAUUGGGUACCAGUGCAUGGAAUGCAUUAAUCUCUGGCCAUAAACGCUGGUGUCUGUUUCCUACGCAUACUCCUCGCGAACUUCUAAAAGUAACCGCAGCCGAAGGUGGUAAACAAAGGGACGAAGCUAUUACAUGGUUUUCCAUUGUCUAUCCACGCACAAAGCUACCUACUUGGCCAAAAGAUUGUCGCCCAAUAGAAAUCCUGCAAACCCCUGGUGAAACUGUUUUCAUUCCUGGCGGAUGGUGGCACAUCGUAUUAAAUCUUGACGAAACCAUAGCGGUCACGCAAAACUUCUGUUCGCGUACUAACUUUCCGGUAGUUUGGCAUAAAACGGUACGAGGAAGGCCAAAAUUAUCGCGAAAAUGGUUAAAAGUACUCAACGAUAAAGAACCUGAACUGGCAACCUUAGCAGAAACUAUAGAUGUAAAAGAAGAUACUGGUGUUGCCAGUGAUUCUUCGAGCGGUUCCUCGAGUAGUUCAUCAAGUAGUACCAGUAGUAGUCAAUCUGAGGAUAGUGAGGACGAUAGCGGUCAAGAAUCACUUACCGCGCAUAAAAAGAAAAAGAGAAGAAAAUUGACUAAUAAUCAACCCUGACAAUAUCCAGUAUUUGGAACCUACAGAGACCUCAGACUGUACAGUAUUAACCAACAAUUAUUGUUUGUACUAAGAAUAAAUAUUAUAAUUAUUAUUAUUACGAUCAUAUCUUUAGGUUCAUAACAAAAUAAAUAUCAGAUAAUACAUAUAGCUUUUUUUUCUA